AUGGCCGUUAUGCCGCAGACUAGCUUCGAGAUUAUGCUUCGAAAUAUCCCCAACAAAGUUGAGCAGGCUAUGCUCAAGCAGAUUGUUGAUGAGUCAAGCUGGGGCAAAUACGACUUUAUGUAUUUAAGGAUUGAUUUUGCGAACGAUUGCAAUGUAGGUUAUGCCUUUAUCAAUUUUGUAGACCCCUUGGACAUCGUCGAUUUUAUGAAAGCUCGUGGGAAUCAAAGAUGCUAUUUUAUACCUCAAACGGACCUGAACCUGCGCUUGCAGGCCAAGAAGAACCAUUCCCUCAACCAGACAACCAGUCUCUUCACCCCAAAUGCUGGUCAACAUUUCCGAAACGAGCAACGCCGUCGCCGGUCGCAGUAUGACCGAGGCACAAGGCUAGCCGCUAUCGAAGAAUUCGAUUACGAGGUUUCUCUUCAACAACGCCAAAGCCAGUCCGAUAUGGGGUUGUAG